CAAGUAACGGGUGGGUCAUCGGUGGCCCUUCACAACUCCGACGUUGCAAAGAGGGAAGGUUGGUUUAGUGCUCCAGCAUUGGAUGGGCCAGUUUCAAUACCCAAUAUCAAGGCAGAAGGCCGGACUACAGUUUUUGCUGCUUUGAUUAUUUUGAAUAAUGGGUCUGCGGUCCUUUUACAUGAUUGCCCAUCAUUAUCACGUCCAUUUCAAGUGAUAGUCUGA